AUUCCUAGGUAUUUUAUGCUUCUUGGUGCAAUCGUGAAUGGGAUCAGUUUCUUUAUUUGUCUUUCUGUUGCUUCAUUAUUAGUGUAUAAGAAUGCAACUGAUUUCUGUACAUUGAUUUUGUAUCCUGCAACUUUGCUGAAUUCAUGUAUCAGUUCUAGCAGACUUUUGGUGGAGUCUGUCGGAUUUUCCAUGUAUAAUAUCAUGUCAUCUGCAAAAAGUGAACGCUUAACUUCAUCUUUGCCAAUUUUGAUGCCUUUGAUUUCCUGUUGUUGUCUGAUUGCUGAUGCUAGAACUUCCAACACUAUGUUAAACAGCAGUGGUGAGAGUGGACAUCCCUGUCGUGUUCCUGAUCUCAGGGAAAAAGCUCUCAGUUUUUCCCCAUUGAGGAUGAUGUUAGCUGUGGGCUUUUCAUAAAUGGCUUUUAUGAUGUUUAAGUAUGUUCCUUCUAUCCCGACUUUCUUGAGGGUUUUUAUUAAGGAAGGUGCUGAAUUUUGUCAAAUGCUUUUUCUGCAUCGAUCAUAUGAUCAAUAUGAUCAUAUGAUCCAGGAUCAUAUGGUUCUUAUGUUUUCCUUUAUUAAUGUGAUGUAUCACAUUGAUUGAUUUACGAAUGUUGAACCAGCCCUGCAUCCCAGGAAUGAAUCCCACAUGAUCAUGGUAAAUAAUUCUUUUUAUAUGCUGUUGAAUUUGAUUUGCUAGUAUCUUAUUGAGAAUUUUUGCAUUUAUGAUGCUUUUUCUAAAAUCGAGAUCUAGAAAAUUUCAGUGAUUCCGGGUAGUCUUGAGUAUGAUGUUGAAACCUGCUGGAGUGGCAUUCUGGGCCAUUUGAAAUCAGCUUCUCCAUUUGGCUGUUUUUCCUUCCACUUCUCCUCCUCACUUGCCUGAACUCUGGAAACUCCAGAAUAUAUUCUUGUAUGUAUAAAUGUAUGGUUUUUUUUUCUUAUGCCUCUGAAUUUUCAUAUAUUUUCUUCUGCAUGAAAUCCCCUCCCCUCUCCUCUUCAACCUUCUCUAAUAGAUCACACUGCCUUAACCUUCAAGAUCCAGUUCAAGUUUCAUAUCCUCUGGGAAGCUUUCUUGGAAGCACCAGGCAGAAUCUCUGUCUCCUCUCCUAGUGCUCCCUAGGGCUUGUGUUUAUGCCUCCCUUGAAACAUUUCUACUCUCUGUGCCAGUUCUGACUGGAGAGUGUCACAAAGACAGAGACUGGGUCCUCUUUAUUUAUGUAUUCCCUUUGUUUAGUAGUCAGUGGUGUGGAGUGAUUUGCAGUAUACAUGUAUCAGACAGUUUUGUAACAAGCAGCCUCCCCACAUCAGUGACUUAGAACAAGAAACAUUUUUUUCUUACUCUAUUAAUGUUAGGCUGUGUGAGUCUGUUGUGGUUGCUACAGAGCUCUGCUAGGUUCUGUUCCGUGUGUCUUCCCACUCUGAGGCACUGGCUGAAGGAACAACCCCCAUGUGGAACAUGCCAUUUUCCUGGAAGAAAAAAGAAGCGAGAGUCCUCCAAAGCCAUGUAAUGUCUCUCAAAACUUCAGCCAGGGCAUAGUUUACAUCAUAUCCUAUUGGUCAAAUCCAGGUACAUGCUCAAGUCCAAUGACAAUAGAAAAGUAUUUUCCCAUAGGAUGGAGCGGCAUGGCAAGGCAAUGGCAAUGGAUAACAACACCUAAUAUUUUUAUAGACAAGAUGGGGUUAUAAAUGGGAAUUACAAUACACCCCACUGCAAUGUGCUUGUUAAAAUGAAUGGACUCAUGCUGCUGAAAAGAGCCUUAAAGAACCCACUGUCCAGUUUCCUCAUUGGUUGAAUAUUUGCCAUUCUGGACCAUCCAGCAUCUGAAUCCACUUAUGUUUGGGGAAUUCUCUACUUUUGAGUCUUGGUGGGAAUUAAAACUGAUCAGAAUGGCCUUGCACAAGAGAAGUGAUUUGCCCCCCUUGUAUAUAGGCCCCAGUCCAUGGCUUGGCCUACGUCAUUAGGGUGUACAUUCUCAGGCUUUGAGUCAAAGAGCUGCAAGUUCUUGGGGUCCUGGUGGCUGCAGUACAGGUAGCAGUGCCCAGUAUCAGUGGUGUUGGCAGGUCUGGGGGCUGAAACAAGACUUGUGAUGAUGUACUUAGUGACAUAACUGAGACCCUGCUCGUCUACCUCUCCUGGCAAUUCCAUGAACCACCCAAUGUCUUUUUAUUAAUUCCUUUUCUGCUUCUAUGAGCCAGUGCUGUUGUUCACAGCCAUGCAUCCUGGCUCACCUACCAACCUUCCCAGGGAAGUAUUGUAUAAAGUAGUUAAGAGGGUCAGCUUUGAAACCAGAUCUCCAGCUUCCUGCUACCUCUGUACUUGGGACAAGUUACUUAACUUCUGUGUGUGUCAAUUCCCUAAUCUAUAACGUGAGGGUUAGAGUAAGACCUGCCUCCUAGAGUUUUUGUAUUAAGGGAGAUAUACACAUGAAAGGAGUUCAGGAUCUAUUAUGAUUAUUGUAAUUCACAAGGCUAUUGUAAUUCACAAGGAGGCUAAAUGACUUUCUCAUGUUUAUAAAGUAUGCCAGUGGCAAAAUAGUCUAGAAGGCAGACUGGACAAGAACACUACGAGGGAUGUACAAUUAUCUUCUCCAUUUGAUAGAUGAGAAAACCGAGGUACAGAUCUGCCUCCGAUCACACAGGGAACAAGUGGUAGAAUAAGAGUCCAACUCAGGCAAGCCAGCUAGAUUUGCUCUUUCAGCUGCUGAGCUCAGGGGAGGAUACUCACUCCCACCCCUGCCAGCCAUGCACACUAACUGCCAUCCAGAUAGCGGCCUGCUUCCCACUCCUCCCUGACCUGUGUAAGGCAUCUCUGAAGAGCCCUCUCUGCUGUUAUCUGAGCAAGCCUAGUCAUCUCAGAGAUGACUCAGGGCCUCUCUGACUUUGAAGAAGGAGCCACAGGUUGGGUCCCUGGCAGGUGACCACCAAGAUGGAAGUAAGUAGGCAUGCAGGAAGUGCAUGAAGGAGAGCUCUAAGGAUGCACACCUCCAGAAGGGGGAAGGAUUAAGUGGGGGAAAUCUUUGUGAACCUUUUAGAACAUACAGUGCCUGUUGGGCACAUAAUAAGCAGUAUAGGAGUGUUUGUUGAAAUAUCACCCAAGAGGCCCAGGGCCUCUCUCCAGGGGGCCUGCCAGCAGAGCAAGGAAAUACAGGAUGGUAUGUUUCUCACAGUUCUUGCUGGCUCUUGCUUUUGGAUGUGACCUUCGGUGCCUCCUGUCAAGUACUUUUCUGGGAGACAUGCCCCAGAUUCCUUCCUUGGAUAUUAAAGUUUACCCGUGGCUCGCACAGGGCACAGUUGCCAUCUACCUUGCACAGAGGGCAGGACCCAUCCUUAUCCACAAACUCUAUGUGCCUCUAGGGGGUGAGGUGGGCAGAGGUGAGCGGGUUCCUAGGCUGCAGAUGGUCCCAGGGAGAGGGGCUUCCAGAUUUUCCUGAUUGCACUUUGAUGGAUGAGUUACCACCCUUCCUUCCUCUGGUUUCUCCUGCAGACCAGGAUGGAUGGGGCUGAGACACACAGAAAGGGGAGAGGGCAUGCAGUGUGGUGGUGGCAGUGGGACCAGCCAUGAGAGACUUCCGCCCUCGCCCCCCGCACACACACUCCAGAAGAAGGUGGGGAUUGAAAACCUGGCACCAAUCAGGCCCACAGGGACCAUUGUGAGAGUCAGAGAAUGAGUCCCCUUUGCCUCUCCACAUUCACUGCCCAUCUGUCUCCAUGCUGCUCUGGGUCCCAAGAGGCUGAUCUCUGUGGAUUGCACCAUGCAGGCUUGCAUGCCCCAGGUUCCCAGGGAGGAGGUGAUCGGGGGUGAUCAGUGGGCAGCCCCAAUAGAAUGGAGGGUGAGAGGCUGGGCCAUUUGGUCUGCAAGCCUCGUCCCCGCGGGGAGGCCAAGGUCUGUGCUCUUCUACUCACCCCAUAGCUGCAACUCCUGCUGCUCCCUCUGAGGACACCCUCUGCUAACCCCGUCAGGCCUGUGAUGGUAACGGCCCCCCUUCUUGCUAGCCCAGGCUGCCUCUGUCCCUUGUCAACUUCCCUCAACCUUGCCUACCUUUGUAAAUAUCCUCAUUAAACUCUCUUGGCUAGUCUUCUGCUGGAGCCCUGACUGAUACACACUCUGGGGGCUGACAUGGGCCCCAUGGGCCCUCGGCUGAACAUGUGGGGUGUAAGCUGGAUUGCAGCGCCCCUCACUUCCCCAGGUGUCCACAGCUUACAACUGCAUGAGACAGUGCUGGGUGAGCUCCAGGGAACUUCUUUGUUCUCUAUGUGGAGUGUACCCUCUGUUGCCAGUAGCAGAUCUGGGUUUGGUUUCAUCAAGGAAGCUGGAAGAACCUUUUAGCUGCUAUGGCAAUGGCCUUAGAGAAGAAGCAGGACAGAAGAAGCCCUACAGUGCUUUUCCUGGUCUGUGUUUAGAGAAGCUGAUGGGUCCAGCGCUCCCUCCUUAUCCCAAAUGACUAACACGCAGCUCCCAAGUAAUUGAUCUACAUGUUCUGGCUUCUUGACUGGAGUUUUUUUCCUAACGAAAAGCCACAGACCAUCGUGCCCCCAAAUCAAUCUUAUUCCGUGUCCUUGUGUUUUCAAGAAGUAGCUCCUCUGUGUGUUCAACUUUGUGGGAAGACCAAGAACUACUCUCUCUACCUUUAGAUGCUGGGAUCUGGUUUGUUCCAGGCCUUAGGCCCAGGAUUUUUGAGUGGAAAAUAACUUUUGUAAUCAAGACACCACAGACACAUUGUCUCUACUGGGAAGAAUUCAGAGCAGUGGAAAAGCCCUGGAAAUCCCAGAUCCAAUUAAUAAUUCCAUAAGACAGUUCAUUAGAAUGCACAAGUGCUUAACUAAACAAAACCAUAAUCGAAGCUGUCAGAAGUGAUCCACAAUUGUGUUAGAAUUUUCUCAUCCACGCAUCAUUUAGUUAGAUAACAAACUACAAUUUAGUUAGAUAACAAACACUACUUAUCCCGCCACUGGCUUUUCAGCCAUGAAAUGAAGUUGGUGUCUGUACUGGGCUAACAGUGGAGAAAGGGCUUUUGGCUGGUUGAUGAGAGGGGAUCCCACUUUGGAGAUAGGUUGGGUCUUGUGCAGCCAAGCCCCAAAUCAACUGGAUUCCCACAGCUCCUGAGAAGUUCUCCAUAGCCUGGCUUUGUGUCUGAAGAUGGCACCCUUCUGCUGGUAACUUUGGGGCUCUGCCACCUUGGGGAUUGGUGGAUGGAGACAGUCUUUAGAGCAGAUGCCUUAUACCCCUCCAUUGUUAUGUCACCGCUUUAGCUGAAACUGGUAAUAAUGGGAAACUGCAGAUUUCCUCUUCUUACAAGGCUCAUUUUAGAUGGUCAUCAGUGUUCUCACUUCGGUUAAAAUAGUGUCAACCCUUCUGCUGAGUAGGUUUUGAAGCUCAAGUGCUGGGGCAGGAAUCCUAGGGGUAAAAAGAGGGGACUCUGGGUGGCUUGGUGGGGGCAGGCCACUGGGACAAAGGGCUGCAGCAGGAACUCUGUUUUUCUCCCUUUCAUCCAAGUAGCCAGACUCACAUGGGGAUAGAAGAGGGUAACUGCCUGUUUUUAAAUACUGUUUAGGGCAGGCCAGAUCUGUGCAGCCCCAGACCAGGGAUGCCAGAGCUGUAUGUUAGGGUCUGCUUGGCCAGUGGUUACCUGGGGAUCACUAAAACACCACAAAUAUUUAUUUUAAUUUAUUAAAAUAAGUCUGUAUGUGCAUAUAUAUGGGUGUAUGUAUUCCUACCCCCCCCCCUCUUUUUUUCCUUCUUUAUUUCUUCCAGGGUAGGAAAAAGUGUUCUCACACAGCAGUGGAAAGAUACAUCAGUGCUAAUGUAUCUGGGAGAAUCCCAGUUGUCUUGGGUGGAUGGAGGCUAAAUCUUGGGUCUUACUUGGGCUAUCUGGUUGCCCUGUACCACAGUGACCUCCAGGCAGCUUGUUUUACAGAGCUGACCUUGUCUGGAUAUGCUGGAGCUCAGUCAGCCAGCAUUGGCCAUGGCCUUGAUGUCUGUUUUGGCUUUAGCACGUUCAAAUACUGCAAAGGUAGCUGGGCCAGCUAGUGUUUUCUGAGGGCCUCCUUUGUGGGCAUUCAGUCAUGUCUAGCCCCCAUAGCACCCCUGCAGGGUGGUCUCAUUACUGAUAGAAAAUGGAGACUAGGAGGGGUCAGGUGACUUUUCUAAUGCCACUUAGUGCAGAGCCAAGAAUUUAAGCCCAAACCUCCUUCAUGCUGCCAGUCUAGGGAUGUGGCCACUUGGGGGGCAAUUCUGAUUGAUUUUUCAGAGUAUAAGACAUUUGAUUUUCAACCUGUUCCUACUCUUUCUUCCCUUGCAGCUGGGUCCACUUAGCAGCUCUGUGGCCCUCCUGGGGCUCAGUGGGGGCUAGAAGGAGGCUAUGGCCAGGGUCCAUUCUACCACCAUCCCUCAGACUUGUCCCCAGCCCCAUCUACCUGGACCGAUUCCCUGGCCUGCCCAGUUCUUUGGAGACCUUGCCUUGUCUUUACCUUCUUGGUGACUGUGGCCCUAGUUCCUGAGUCCCUAAGCUCCUGUCUGCUGUUCCUGUUCCUCCCAGAAGCCACGGCCCUUCUGUGUCUCUGUACUGGUACCAACACACUUGGUUGGGGAUUUGGACUUGGAAAGGAACUUCAGCCUUCUGGCUCUGUUGGGGCACUUCCCCCCUGAUGGUCCUCCUCCCCCACCUGAGGGAGCCAUCUGUGCCCCCACUCCUGCCCUCAUUCCUGUGCCCCGUCAUUGGGCCUUCCACUGUUCUCCUGUCACUCGGAUUCUCCAGGGUCUCUGUGCCUGCUGUUCCUCCUAUCUGGAAUGCUCUUCCUUCCCCAUAGCCACGUGCCUCCCUCCCUCCUUUCAGGUAUUUGCUCAGGUUUCAUCUUGUCGAAGAGGCCUUCCCUGACCAUCUUGAUCGUAUCUAAUGUACCCCAUUGGCCCCUGACUUCAUUUGUCUAAGUCGUACUUACCACCAUCUGAGACAUUUUCUGUUUAUGUGUUUGUCUCUCCACUUGCUAGAACAUCAACUCUGUGAGGACAGGGACUGUGUUGGUUUUAUUCACUGAGUCUGAGAAAUAGGUUGCCUAUGGAAAAAGCAGGUGACUUGGAGGCAAAGACUGGGGUUCCAAAUCUGCUUCUUCUACAUACAUGUGUAUGACCUUGAGUGUGUCUCAACUCCUUUGAAUCCCAGUUUGUUUGUCUGAAAAAUGGGUGUAUUAAUUCUGACUUAUUGGGAUGUUGUGAGAAUUCAUAAUAAUAACUUAUGUUUAAUGAACGCUCAUCAUGUUCUGUGCCCUGUACCAAGCAUUUUGCAAGGAUGACCUCACUUUAUCCUUGUAAUGUCCUAGGAGGGGAAUUAUUACUACUUUUAGUUUACAGAUGGGAUAUCUGAGCCACAGAAUGGUAAAGUGACCUGCCCAAACCCCUAAGUGCCCUUGAUAGCAAGUGGCAGAUUAGGAACUUAAACCCAGUAUUGAGAUCUAGAUACAACACUUCCUACUCUAUAAUGCCUCUCAUUAGACAAUGUGUUUGGUACAAAAGAGGUCCUCAAUAAAUGGUAACUAGUCUUCUUAAUAUUCUUUUCUAGGUUCAACCCCUCUUUGCUAUUUCUGUCUCUCAGCCAUCCUAUGAACCACCAGGCCUCCUUUGUCUCCUGGUAUGACCUUUGGGUUGCUCUCACUCUUGGGGUCCUCUUGGACUCUAGUUGCAGCCUUCCCUGGUCCAUUUGCUCCUGCCUCUGUGGCCACUCAGUCAAUCCUAGCUGUCAUGGUGUGUCCAUCUCUCCUUUGUCCUCCAGUCCUCCUGCUGGCAGCCAGGAUGGGAGCAACUGGUAGACAGAUCAGAGUGAACUUCUGACAGCUUCCUUGAAUUUUCCAUUUACAGGGCAAGAGUAGGAGAGGGACAUAGCACCAGUGGCUUGGGACCACUACCAGAUUAGUGACAAGCCAUGGAAAAUGUGAACCUUCACAUGUUGAAAAUAGAUUCUCUGUAUGAAUUUUCUUCUCCUUGCCCAUGCUCAUAAAUGCCAGCAUUGGUGACCCUUGGGCCACUAGGGAAGCCUGCCACCCUUGUCACUGCAAAAACAGUGUUCAGGGAAGCCCCUUCCUAGGGGAUGGUUUUAGGAUGCUGCUGUGUAAAGGACUGAGGCUCUGCAAGCCAGAGGCAAUUUCCCUGAAGGGUCAGCCUGGGACAGACAGUUACAGGUGUGAGCCCUGGAGUUCUAGAAACCUAACCUUGGUUCAAACCCAGACUCCAACACUGACUCCCUGCAAAAACUUAGAUGAGUGACUUCAUGUCUCUGAGCCUCAGUUUCAUCAUCUGUAAUGUGGGAAUUACUGGGUGGGCUGGGGUCCAAGAUUCUCUUUAAGGGAGGAUGUUUCAGAAAACUCCCUUUCCUGUUCUAAUCCCCGUCUCUGUGAUCACAAAGAUCCCACAGGGAGAGGGCCGCCUUCACUCUCAGUGGCUCCCCUCCGCCCACCGUGGAUCUAGUGCUCGCUCAGGCUCUGAGCUGCCCACUGGCUGUUGGCUCUGUUUUCCAUCCGUGACCCAUUCAAGCCUGGUGCUUUCUUUCAAGACAUCCCAUCAGAAUCAGUCAAAUGGGACCUGUAACUGCCUAGAAACACAUUAUCAGUCCCACUUACAACAAAAGAACAACAACCUUUAAAGCUCUUCAAAAAAUAAAUUAUGUUCCCUAUGAGCAGUCCCAGAAGAAAUGUCAUUGGAGACAUAAACUGUUUUACUGUGACCUAUGUAAACGUCCCAGGAAAUAAACUGACUUCCCAUUCGGUAAAACCCUCUUGUUCCUUGUCUUGAAUAAAACAGAUUAGAUUGUUUGAGAAGCAGGAGCUUGAGGCUUGGCAGGGGAGACCAGGCUUGGCUGGUGAUGCAGGUGUGGGAGGCAGCUUUGCAUUGUGGAGGCACAAUGUUCGUUUCAGCACCCAGGCGUCUCUGAGAUGUGCCAGUCACUGGCCUCUCCUGAGAUGGGGGGGCACCACCCAUGUCUUUGAAAGAGGUAGAUAUUUUGGCGAAUGGAGGAUUUUAAAAGCCAGAGUUGGGGGGCACCUGGGUGGCUCAGUCGGUUAAUCGUCUGACUUUGGCUCAGAUCAUGAUCUCGUGGUUUGUAAGUGUGAGCCCUGCAUGGGGCUCUGUGCUGACAUCUCAGAGCCUAGAGCCUGCUUUGGAUUCUGUGUCUCCCUCUCUGCCCCUCCCCCACUCCCACUGAGUGUGUCUCUGUCUCUCAAAAAUAAAUAAACAUUAAAAAAAUUGAAAAAAAAAAGCUAGAGUCGUACUUUUGGCUUGGAUGAUUCCUUCGGGAGUUACUAGAAUGGAACAAGAGACAACACAAUUGGUUGGCAUCAACGACCAUCUACCUGCCAAGCAUGGUGCUGGCUUCUUUUCUUCAAUCCUCAUACUUAUUGCUCCCGAUCCUAUGACAGAGGUUCUGAUUCCCAUAUUCAGAAGAGGAAUCCGAGGAUCAGAGACAUGAAGUACCUUUUCUAAGAUCACCGAGGGAGUGAGCUCUUCAGUCUGAACUUGAACCUGGGUCCAGUUAUCUGUGAUUCCAAAGAGCACGCUCUUCUCCCCCAUCAAGCUACCUUUUUCUUCUCUAGUGUAUCUCUGUGGUCCAGAGGGGAGGGGUGCCUACUGUCCGGGGUCUGUCUGCUGGGAAAUCUACAUGAAGUCCCAUCCAUGAUUACUGGGUUUGCCUUUCCUGUUUUCAUACCUGGUAUGUAUAAACACACACUCGCACAUGCAUAUACACACACAUACACACAUCUACACACAGGGGUCACCUGAUUGAUGAGAGGAGUUUCCUUCAUUCUGGGACUUUUUCUAGAUGUAUCCUUUUUCUAGCUAGCACCCUUGUGUUCUGCUGCUUUAUAGAUGGGUUGAGAGAGUAGCCAUGCAUGGAAAAUACCACUGGCUUGAGGCACAUAAUGAGUCCUGACCUCAGGGGAUGCCCAACCCUCUACAGCACCUUCCAGACACAGUCCCUGCGCAAACUGCCAAUUGGGAUGAAGAAUCUGUCACUUAAAUUAUGUGGAUAAGGUCUGAGCUGGGCUGAGCUGUCCUAAAGAAAUGGCUAAUUUGCUGUCACUGCACUGGGUUCAGAAGGAACUCACAUGUGUCUGUGUGUGUGUUUACACAGACAGCCACUGACCCCUGCUCCACAUUUCUUAUCCCAGAUUCCUGUUCCUACUUGGAAUGAUGAAUUUCCACAACACAGGGAUGCUUCCCUCCAUCUCUAAGUGAAACCCAGAGAGAAUGCCUGUGAAUGACAAAGUACCAUGAGCUACUCCCACAAAGAAAAAUCUGUCCUGCUGGCAGAUCUGGGUCAGGCGGAAUCUGACAGCUGUGAGAUGGGGGUCAAGAGUGCCCAGCCACGAGACAGUCAGUUCUCCACACUUGGACCUCGGGCUGGAUUAACACUUUCUUCCUGCUCGGGAGAUGGGGCCCAGCCCUGACCCCACGGGAGCAGAGGGUUUCGGAUAGAAAAAUUCACUUCUUCCUUGGUGACUUUAAUGAGGAAGGUUGCUAAGAACCCAGGGUUGCUAGGUUCCUGAGAAGAUUUAAAAACAAGGAUUCUUAACCUGGAUUUCAUGGAUGGACUUUAGGGAAUCUGUGACAUGCAAAAAUUAUGGGAAUAACUCUCUGUGUAUAUAUAUGCAAACAUGUGUAUAUGUAUGUGCAUGUAUGCAUAUGUAUAUUCAUAUGUAGGGGUGUGUGUGUGUAUGUGUGUGUGUGUGUGUAUGUGUGUGUGUGUAUGCAUGCAUUUUCUGGAGACAUGGCCCAACCCUUUCCUCAGAUUUUUCCAAGGAGCGUAUAACCCAGAAGAGAAGAACCUUUGCAUUAACAUAACCAGAGGCCGAACAGAGUCUCCCUAGGAAUAGGAGGACCUUCUCUGGGGAUCACAUGUGUGGGGUUCUGCUCUGCACAGUACAGGGGACUAGCUCAGCUGUAUAUCAGUGGUGUCUGUGGCAGACAGAGCAACCUCAGGAUGGAAGCUUGUGCAGUUUGUAAGGUUUGAGAUGAGGGCCUGGUGGCAAUGGUAGCUCCAAGAGCCCUCCCUGUGUCAAACUGGACAAUUGGUCCCUCCAGUCUUCAGCAGAUUCCAUAGCUAGGAUUUUGGGAUAUGGACCCUGAAUGUGGUCUUUGGAUACUUCAGACCAAAGGAGGGCAGCCUGUUUUCAGAAUUCCCAUGACAGAACGCCCUCUGCUACAGCCUGUCUUUCCUCUGCAUUCAAACCCUGUGUCUUUGGCAGGGGUCAAGUGGAAGGCGAUGCCAGCAGCACACCCACCCAAAAAGAAAGAGUGCUGGCUCUCUCUAUAGGAACUACACUGAGUAGGGCUUCUUGGGCACCAUCCUCACUGAUAGAGCUAUGGGAGGGUGUUUGAAAGCUGCGGACAGUUUUUCUGUGACUGUUCACCAUCACAUCACCAUGUCUUUAAAAUGAUGUCAUGGGGUGCCUGGGUGGCUCAGUCAGUUAAGCGUCUGACUUCAGCUCAGGUCAUGAUCUCAUUGGUUUGUGGGUUUGAGCCCCGUGUUGGGCUCCUUGCAGACAGCUCAGAGCCUCGAGCCUGCUUCAGAUUUUGUGUCUCCCUCUCUCUCUUCCCCUCCCCUGCUCGUGCUCUCUCUCUCUCUUUCAAAAAUAAACAUUAAAAAAUUAAAAAAAUAAAAUAAAAUGAUGUUGCAAAGUGCUCAGCCCUGAGAUUUCCUCUGAGGCUACAGAGAUACCCCUUUUCUGAAAAAUAUCACAGCCCAGAUGAAAAGACAGUUGGGCCAACAGGUCCUACCAGGUGGCAUGAAAAGUGGACAGUAGCCAGAGAAUUCUUCAUGGGCAAGCACUUUUAUCUCUGUAUUUCCUCCUGUAAUGAGCCCAGAGUCAGACCCAGAAAAUGCAUCACUAAAUGCACAUAGUUCGUGCUUGAAGGGACUUUCUGUGUCCCUAGUGCCUGGUGAUUAGUUGUACUCCAAGAAGUUUUGUAGAGUGACCUGAGUAGAGGUAGAAAUAUGGGGAGACUUCUUCAUAGAUGAGACACAGAGUAGACAUCUCUUACUACUCUGUUUCAUAUUUAACGCUUCUUACCUACCCAUCUCACAGGGCCUCUGGGAGAGCAUGCUCAGCCAAUAGAUGUUAAAGUGCUUUGUGUGCUUUAGUGGGGGGCAAAAGGCUGGCUGCACUUAAACUUGAUUUUUCCAGCAUGGGAAUUUUUAAAGCCCCUCAUCCCACAUUGCCUUGUUUAUUCUUGGGCACUUUAGACACAACAGUAUUGUCUCUGUGACUUGAUGGUAAUGUUCCUUUGAAGCAGGAGCUGGGUCUGCCCUUGUGUUGAGUAUCCCAUGCCAUGGCUAGCAUAGGAUGGGCACUGGUUGGUAUUGACAGGGCCACAGUGAGACAUCUGGAGGGUUCAGGUGCUAUAACCAAGAAUCCAAAGUAUGUACUAGUAGGUUCUGCCCUCAGGAGGCUUCCCAGAAGACAUAUGCCCCUGGGCUAUUUCUUAAAUGAAUAUACCUACUGAGUGGUACUGGGGUGGGCCCAAGCAUAGGCAAAAAAAAUGAGGUUGGCCCUUAAUUGUUAUCAAGAACAGGAUAUUCCAUUUGUUACAGAGGAUGGGGCAGCCCUUAUGCUGACCACAGGCCAAUGAAAGUCUUGAAUUCAAAUAUGCAAGCCUCUGGCCAAAGGUCAAUGGCAAAUCUUUGCUCUCUGGCAUGGUUAGCCACUGAGGGCCUAGGCCUCUUCUCAUGAGAUGUUCCUAAGGUAAGGGGAUAACAGAAUUGGGUAAAGUCAUUCCAUCUUCAAAGGAUCAAAAACAAUUGGUCUAACUCCCAGUUUUCUCUCAGUCAUGCAGUAAUGACUUAUUGAGCAGUUAACAUGCCUAACACAUUGUGCUGGGCCUGAGGCUAGGAAAGAAACAACAUGAAUUCUUUUCUUAGAGUUUUCAGUCAGGACUAGAUUAAGAUAUACGGGGUGCUAAGAAUACCAGUGUUCCCUUCCCCCUUCCGCCAUAAGUAAUUCAAAAUAAAAAUAUAUUAUAUUAUAAAUAUUUAUAAGGAAUACCAGCCAGUUCUAAUUUUUCACAUGAUAACAACUUAAAUGCUUAAAAAAUUUUGUUUUGAUAUCAAAUACUUUCAAAACUAAUUUGGUAUCCAAACUUUGUUGGUGUUCUGAACACAUGCUCAGAGUAUUAUUCAGAAAUCACAUGCCUGAUUUCAGCCUUAUGGGGAGAUAAGACACACAGAACAAUAAUAUGUACCAAGUGCCCAAAUUGUCACAGACUAGGAGAACUCAGACAAAGGGAAAGUUAUUUUUUCAACAAAUGCUUAUGGAAGAGCAAGAAUUCACUUUUUGCCUUGAAGCUAAGUAAGGUUUGUAAAUUCUCUCAAGACAAAGGAAUCAGAAUAAGCAAAGGAGAAACAUGGGGGUAUGUAUAAGAAGAAGAGGGGAGCUCAAUUUGGUGGGGACAUGAGAGAGAGUUAUGGGAGAUAGGAUAAAAGGUGUGGCCAUAUCUUAUAGGACCUCAAGUGUCAGAAUAAGGAGUUUGGAUUGGUUUGAGUAGUUCUUGGGAGCCUCUGCAGGUUUCUGAGCCUCUGCUGUUGUAGACUCAUUUUCACCUUCAGGAUAUUCAAAACCACCCUUGCAUUGCAUUUAAGAGUAUCUACAGUGAUGAAGUGAUGCCAGAGUAAUUGAGUAUUGGUAAUUGCUUUCACUGUGCUUUGGUGUAAUGCAUUUUUUAAAUGGGGUUCUAUCCUGUAAGUGCAUCUAUAGGAAAAAAGUGCCAAAGGCUUCAUUAUCAUUAACCAGUGCCAAAUGGGAUUUACAGAGAUAGUGAAGUGAAUGAAGACCAUGCCUCUGUCCUCCCAUUACUGCUCAAUUCUGUUAGGCAGGGAUCACAAUAAUUGCAGUGAUUAAAAAACAACAACGAUUUGGAGAAGCAGAUAUUCACACAGCCUCAAAGUAACACCCUGCACAUUACUUAUUAAUUACAAAGGAACAAAGUAAUUUUACAAUGAAUAUGGCAGACAUCACUUUAAUCAAGUGAUCACACUCAGCAUUACCGAUAAUGGGACAAAUGUGGCUUUUGAUGGAGUACAGUGGAAAGGACAUCACUUAUGUAGUAUUCUUGCCAAAAAUCUUUGACCUGAAUAUAAUAAAGAGAAAUUAAUCAGACACAUUCACAUUGUAGGAUAUCCUUCAAAUAAAAUUGCAUAGACUCUAAGACUAUCAACGUUUUGAAAGAAAAAAAGGGUGUGUAUGUACAGAAGGACUGUUCUAGACUAAAGGAGACCAAAAAGAUAGGACAAUGAAAGGAAAUGCUAGAUCUCUGAUUGGAUCAUGAAUUGGGAAAAUGAAAAAAGAGCUAUAGAGGACAUUAUUGGGAUAAUUGGGAAAAUUUGAAUAUAGAAUGCAUAUUAGAUAAUGGUUUGUUCUAUCAAUGUUAAAUUUCUUGGGUAUGAUAAUGGUGUAUUACUAUAAUAUUAAUAUAUAAGAAUGCCUGAUACUUAAGUGAUAACUGAUGAUGCAUUUAGAGGUGGAGUGAUGAGAAUGAGAGCUAGAAAAAGAGAGAGAAAGAGAGAGAGAGCAAGCCAAAAUGUGGUAAGAUAUUAACAAUUAUGAAUCUAGGAGGAGACUUUAUAAAUGUUCAUUUUUCCACUCUUUCAAGUUUUCUAAGGUUAUAAAUUUUUCAAAUGAAAACCUUAAAACAAAGCAACAGCAACUCCUCAUGUAGCAAUAUAGGACAAUGUAUGCUCUCAGGACUGUGAUCUCAAAUUGGUAUGAAGUUAACUUUACAUGUAGCAAAGCUACCCUUGACCAAAUGUACAUAUCCCUUGCGGAAUAAGAUGUGUGCUAUAAGAUGACUGCAAAGUGAAUCUUGGUAGUUGAUCCUAUUUUUUUAUUGAUUUCCAUUGAAAAAAUUGAGAAUCAUCUCCAAUAUGUUGAGGUAAAAAUGUUUUUUAAGGGAAAUAUUUCACAUGUGUUGCUACUGUAUGGCAUUCCAAAGCAUUUGUGGAGUGUUUUCUGGACCCUGUAGAUAUUUUCUUGAUUACCUGCCUUGCUUCCCUUAGUGUUUUCUUUACUUUACUCUUGCUGAUAAUAUAUUCUGACAUGUUGAAGGUCUGUAAACUACCACUCCCAUUGACUUACAGUUUUGGUACAUUGUUCCUGGAAGUUGUCCCCUCUCACAGUGUCUAAGAGAGCUAGGCUGCCAUGUCAUACUUUUACCAGUAGGUGUCACUAGUAUCAACUUAAAAAUUCUCUGAUGCUUCAGGAUCUAGACAAUAUAUCAGUAAUUUACCUUAAUUAAUUCUGUGCUAAAAUUCAAUUAAUACACUUAUUUAAAACCAAAGAAUAUUUUUAGAGAAAUUGCAAUUAAUAUAUGUCACACCCAUAGUUAACACCAGGGGAUAAGUGUAGCUUCUGUGUAGGACACAGUGUUCUUUUGCCCACAUAGUGUGCAUGCACGCAACAGCAUUAUUACUUACUAUUACUACUACUGUUGGUUAUUUCUACUUUUACUACUACUGACUAUCCGUUACAUGCCAGAUACUGUAUUAGGUACUUUACAAUUAUGUAUGUAAUUCUCAGAAAAAUCCUAUGAAGUGAAUGGUGUUCAUUUAUGUUUUAUAAGUAUAGAGACUGAGUCUCAAAGAAGGUAAGUAAUUUGCCACAAACACAUAGCUGGAGGCAAAUGCGGAACCAGGUUUUAAACCUUACCAGUCUGACUGUAAAGCCUGUGCUGUUUUCAAGUUUUGGUGAUCCCAAUAUGUUCACCCUUGCAGGGAAACUUGGCAUUUGUACUGUUGAUCGCUAAAUAAGACAGGAAGGGCUUUCAUUAAAGGAUGUUUAGGCAGUUAUAGAAGAUAGAGGACACAUUUGGGGACAGUCCUACAAGUGGUUAUCUACUUGAUACUUACAGGUCAUAAACAGGGAUGGGGGUCCGGGUGUACAAUCUGGAAGUGUUAAGGAAUGGGAAUCGGCUUAGAGUCUGCUGGGGGAAAGAUCAGAAUUCUGCCCUGCACAACAGCUGAGUUUGCACUUUGUGAAUUCUGCAUUUUUGCUUUUUAACCAUUCUGGCCAUUAUUAAUUAUCCUCAGGGGGUUCUGUCCAUAUGUGACCUGAGAGCAAAGGAGAGGAGAAGGUCAGGGGGUAGUCGUACAUGAAGAGAUUCCUCUCUGUCACCUCUUAUUGGAAACUCCUCGUCAUUUGGUCCUAAUCCAUGUACAAUAUUUAAACUCCCAAAUCUGCUCUCCUGGAUUACAAUGUUCUUGUUAUCCAAAUCUCUCAGUAGGCAAUAAACACUGAACUUUUCCUUGGAACAUAAGGUCCCCAAACACACCUUUGUUCUCCUCUCACCCAUCAGUUCCAUUAUGAUCUCAUUUCUACCCGCUUCCCAACUGACACUACUCUAGAAAUAUCUCUGUAAUCUCUACUUCCUUCAUCUCUGCAUUACUAGUAGCUACUGCUAAAAGUGUGGAUAUGAUCAGAGCUGGAAGCAGGAGGAUUGGUUGAAAGUUAAUUUAAGAAAUAGUUAGGCUCUCCAGUCUCCUCUUUUACUCUAUGGGUUCAGGUAAAUCAAUGCUGCACCCCCCCCCCAAAAAAAAAAAAUUUUGACAGGAGACUGGAAAUUUAUUCUUUUAGCAGAGUAAAACAGAUGUUGUGUGCUGAUGGACAUCUGACACAGAGUGAGCUACCGUACUAAAAACAACAGGGUUAAUUGAAAGCCUGUGUCACACUGAAUGUGGAGACUUCUCCAGCCAUUGUCUUCCUCUUGGUUCCUAGAACAGUGACAGCCAUAUUUUUAUACUCUAGUGAGGUGAUAAGAUUCUUCUUUGGGGAACCUGAUCAGCCUUUGAAAAAUUCUAAAGAUCAGUAAUCAGUGUUUUUACUAAAAAUGGCCCAGCCAAAUUACUGUGAGGCCAUAGUCACAAAACCCCCUACACAGAGUCUCCAGUGAACCUUUUAUUGCCACCCCCUAAUAUAAGAGAUGGUCAAAGAUCACCAGACAUCCAAGAUGAUUGGCAGAGAAACAAUAUGGAAGACAGAGACAUAAAACAAAUGAGAAAAAAACCAAUCUAAUGGAAACAGAAAAUCCAGGGAAAAGAAGUUUUAAAAAUUGUUAGAUAUCCUCAGAGAGAUAAGAGUAGAAAUUGCAUUCAGGAAGAAGAUCCUUUCUAAGAAAGAAAGGUCACAAUCAGAGCCCUUAGGAAUUAACAAGGUGUUAGCAAAAAUGAAACACUUGGUGAAUUUGUUGGCAGGUAAAAUUGAGGUUGUCUUUUAGAAAGUAGAGAGAAAAUAAAAAAGAUAUGGAAAGUAAGAGAAAAUGCAAGUCUAUUAGAGCAUCAGUUCUAGAGGCCCAAUAUCCAAAUAAUAGGUGUUCCAGAUAGAAAGCAGAGACAGACAGUAAGGGAGAAAAUCAUCAAAGAAAUAACUCAAGACAAUUUUCUGUAAUUUUCCUGAAGUACUUAUCAGGACAGAAAGGGCCCACUGAGUGCUUCUCAUCAUGAAUGAAAAUAAACCCACAUCAAGGCAUAUGAAAGUGAAUUUUCAGAACACUGUGGACAAAGUGAGGCUCUUGUAAGCUAUCAUACAGAAAAAAAGAGUAAGAAUCUCAGUGGCCUAAGAUUCCUCAAAAGCAGUGUUGGAAACUAGAAGAAAAUAGAGCAAUACCUUUAACAUUUUGAGGGAAAAUGCUUUUCCAACUUGGAACUCUAUACCCACCUAAACUAUUAAGUCUGGCUGUGGAAUAAAGUUAUUUGCAUAAAUGUGCAUCUGAAGAUGGGCGGGAGAGGAGGUGGAGUAUGUUUGUGAGAGUUAUACCUUUAUCUUCUAUUAGGGAAAGUCAAUAGACCAUGCUUCAAACUGAAGAAAAAAAAGGAAGAAGUAACAUAAGCAUGUUAUAGAGAGACAGGCAGUACAUGCUUGGAGAGAAGGCUGGGGGAGUUGAACACAGUUCAACUUAGGGGAGUAGGAGAUGUUGGGAGCUGGGUGUGGAACAAGGAUACUCCCCCCAGGAAGGCGACUUCCUAUGAGGUUUGUAGAAGCAGUUCACCCUUCAAUCUUUGUGCAUGAAUAGGAGAAACUGAAUGUUUUGGGGGGAGCAGUUGAAGCAGAAGAGGAAUAAGAGGAAGAGAAGCAUGAGGAAGAAGAAAAAGAAGAAGAAGAAAAAAAAAGGAAAGAACAUUGAGGCUAGUGGUUGGAAGAUGGACUCAGUUCAGGCUUUUUCUUUGAAACUCAGCUUCCUGACUGAUAAGGUGGGAGAACUAUAUCUUCGUUGGUGGGCUUUUGUGAGAAUUAAAUAUUCUGGUAUAAAGUAAGUCUUUAAUACAUGUUUAUUUCAAUGACUUCUAUUGUUUUGAAUAUAUGAGAGACUUGAAAAUGUAGAAAUUCUGAGUGAUGGAAAAAUUCAUCCAUCUACACAUCAUUGUCCAUCAAAUACGAGUGUCCAUAUGGUCCUGAAUAACAAUGCCAAGGCAGCCAGCCUUGGACCACAGGCCAUUUUUACUCCUGUUUGUUUACAUUUUCAGUUCCCCAGUGUAUGGGGAACAGCCUCUGAGAAGGAGAGGCUUUCUCAAAGGUGCCCUUUCCUUUGGAAGCAUCCCUGACAGGUUGUGUCCCAUAUGUCUCCUUGCCCGAGACACCUAGUGUGGAAAAUGUAGAAGCAAAAGCAUGGUCUAGGAAGGGACCACGCAGGGUAGUCUGACUGUCUGAAUGAGGACCAGCAGGCCAUUUGAUAUGACCGGCUCUCCAUCUUCCUCUGCAGCCAGAAACCUCCAAAGACACCAGGGUAUACCUGCCAGCAUUCUAGCCUGGUCUGCCUUGGGUCUUCUGAGCAUUUUCUUGCCCACUGACCAGAUGCUUCAUCCACUUGGUAUCUGGAAACAGCACGGUCUUGAGAGUUUCUUCAUAUAUCUUCAUUUUUAUAACACAGUUCUUUCUCCUAGUUCAUUUUUAAUUAAUCUAAGACAAAUGUCCCUCUUUCUACCAGAAAAUAGCAAUGACAGGAAUCAAUAGUGCUGGCUGAUGCAUGGUCAGCCCUGCUCCAGGAAGCCUGAGCCUGAGACAGCCAUUCUCUUCCUGUAAGCUUUCUGGGAGUCACAUCCUACUCCAAAUGCCUGAACCACUAAUUGGCCAAUGAUCGUCAUUGCUUUCUUGGUGUGUCCUUGGAGCUAUUUGGGGAAAUAGUCAUCCGGACAAGGUUUAGACAGAGGGUUCAGCAUCCAUGCCUGAUCAUCCUGAGUCUAAAGUCAUCUCACUGUAGGAAAAAUAUCCCACAUAUGUACUGAACCCACAUUAGAUAUUUUGUUGUGGCAGCUUUUCUUUCACAAAAUGCAUGAAUGAUAUAGACCAGGGGUCAAUAGCAAAUCCAUGUGGGGUUUUAUAGGGUGUGUGUGUGUGUGUGUUGCUUGUACAUUUUUUAUAUUCACUUGCUAGAACUGCUGCGUGCUGGAGCUCUGGGACACAGAUCAUUUGAAAUCAAUAGAUAAACCCUAAACUUUAUUUCAGCUGGUAGCUUCUAUCUUCUCACUCAGCUGAGUCUUCCAUCACUGAAGCUUCCAAGGACUAAAUCAGCCAGAUGGUUCUGGGCAUUACAAGUUGCUGCAGGAUGAGUGGAGGAGGCUUCAAUAAUCCAUAAUUUUGUCCCCAAAAGCUGAGCCAGCUUUAAACGCUGCCAACUUGCACUGAUAAGGAAGGCUGCAGCGGGAUGACUCCCUUUUGGGGUAUGUGAAGUUGGAUGGCUGACUUCUCUGACUCUGAGUUACAUCAGUAAGGCCUGGCCUAGAGUGUCUGCCAUGGACAAGAGCCAGAUCUGACACAGUGGGAAGGAAAUGUAGAUAGAACUUAAAGACAUUAGAAGAAGGAAAGAGAGAUGAUACUCUAGAUUCGUGAAGGAGGAGGCAAGAGUUUCCAGGAGGGAGGGAGUGUGGUAUUUAAUCAGAAUGAGGACUGUGGAAUCUGGUGAGGAGGAAGGUAAUGGAAAGCUUAGAGAGAACAGUUUCAGUGGAAUGUCUGAAGCCAGACUGUAUGGCAUUUGUGAGGCAGUGGAAGCUGUCGUGUGCAACCCAGGAUGAUGCCAAAUCCUAUUGCUAGUAGUGAUUGCCUCGAGUUCUUUGUGGAGCAGGAUCGUGAGGUUGUUUCUGGGUGAAUCUAGGAGGAGUGCUAUGAUUGAUUUCUAAUAUCUGUUGUGGGCAUAGGAGCGGUCAGUGUUGGCCUGCAUGACACAUAUGUACCAUCCUUAGCAGAGGUUAGAUGUUGUAGGAGUUGUACCUCACCACUAUUCCCUGAACAUGGCCUGCCCUUCUUUUGUCUUCCUGCUUUUAUUCAGGGUGGAUGUUCAUGAUCUCUCACAACAAGCCCAUGACUAAUCCCAGCAGACACUGGCUGGAAACGACCAGUUGCCCAUGCUCAUGCAUACCACCAAGUAUCAGCUCUGUUGUUAUUCAUGUUAUUUACUCAACCUGCAGAAUGCUUUCCUUGUGUUGAUCUCAUGAACCCCACUCAUUCUUCAAGCCCUCUUCAAAUGUCAUCUCCUCCAUGUAGUAUUUCCAAUAAACUUUGAUCCUUUUUCUAUGUUCCCAAGGUACUUGUUAUAUAUCUGAAUUAUAGCACUUACAACACUUUAGUAUUUCAGUUGUUUAUGUGCCUAUAUCUUCCUUCAGCCUAGAAGCUACUUGUGGGCAGAAGUGGUACCUGAUUAAAUUCUGAGUCAUCAAAGGCAAGCAGAAUGCCCAGUACAUAAUUGGCACUCAGUAAAUCACUCCCUUGCCUAGAAUUAGAGUGUAGGCUUUCAUUAAAUGUUUGAUGACGUCAUUUAUUUGUGGUUGGUUUUCAUUUUCUUUUUAAUAAGGAAAAUGUGAAUAUGUUUGAAGGCAAAACAAGAAUGCCUGGUACUUGACAGAACUUCAGUGAAUCAGGAUUGGGCCCAAGGCUGUCCCAUCCAGAUGAACAGAAUGACCCAGGAAAGAGGCAUCUGCUCUAACCUUCCUUCUAAAACCACAUCACCAUUCUCCCUGCCCUGACCCUGUUGAAUAUGGCUCUCCAUUUGCUGAGAUGUGUUGAUUAUUGAUGGAUCUGAUGUCAUCAUUCAUUAACUCAACACAUACUUACUGAGUACCUACUGUGCACAAGCCCUAGAGGCACAUGCCCUGACCCUCAGGGGCUCAUUGGAAAAAUAAAACUAUGUCGAGGCAAGGCUUCAUGAUAGAAAAGGAAACCUUUUCAUUGUUUGCCUUUCAUAUGCUUGACCUAUGUGAAAGCAGGACAGGAGAGUGAAGAACCCAGUACAAAUAAUUUUCUUUAAAGAUAAUGCCAAAGUAGUAAAACAAGAAAAAUGAAAGUAUGCUGCUAAAAUUCAGCAACCCAGCUACCCUGGGCUGUAGCGGUGGGAAGGGGGAGCAGGAUAUCUGGAGCGCUGGUGAUGAUCUUGCUCUGGGCGAUGGUUAUCUGGAGGUGCUCAGCUUGUGACAAUUCAUCAGGAGGCACUCCUCUGUGAGGUGCACUUCUGUAUGGGCAUCAGACAUCAACCAAAAGAGGGCAAAAGAUGAUGCCUGGAAAUUAAGUUGGAAGUGUUGCAGAAAGUAGUGAGGUUUUCUCAAAAUAGUUUUGACUCAAAAUUAGGAAAUCCUUUCUACCGAAAUCACUCACAGAUGAACUCAGCUUUUCAGGGGACUGGAGAUUGAGUUUAUUGGCUGCUGUACCCAUGGCGCCCUGCACAGGGCCUGGGCUGAAUAGGCCAAAACUGUGUCUUUGUGAAAUGAUGGGAUGGGUGAAUGCCUGCAGCUGCUAGCUUCUCUGCAAGGCUUCAAGAAGUCUGACCGGAAAUUGCAGUGAGAUGGGCACCCUGAUGGAUUUGCUUCAGGAUGAUGAGAGCAGCAGCUCUUCUUAAGAAACUACAGUGUGUCAGGUCAUUUACGUGUGUCCUCCCCAGGCUUCCUACCAGUCCCUCUUAACCUGGAGGAAACAGAGGCUUGAAGGAGAAAUGAUUUAUCCAAAGCCACGCAGCUCCAGAGUCUCCUGCUUUCUCAUAUAGCACAUUACGUCUGAUACCUUCAAAGUCUAGUCCCAAUCCUGGCCUUCUACAGUUCUAGAGUCUGCCUGCUUCCUUAGAGGUGAUGUUGAGAAGAGAAACCUGAUUUCUUCUGCACAAAGGUGGAAGUGAGGCUGUCAGUGGGUGGGGGCCAGGACCUCCUUUUCAUGAGGUGUUUUCCUGGCCCAUGCAUUGCAAACAUUUUGAUGGGGACUGGAGUCUAGACCAACAGGGUGCUCGUGGGUUAGACCCGACACCCAAGACUGAGUGACUCUGCUUCUGUCUUAAAUGUGCCUCUUGGGCUGAAAUAUCUGCUUCCUUCAGAGAGAGGGACUGAAGCUGGGGAGAAAUUCAGCUUGUGAAUUUCUCUGAGACUAUGCUGCGCCCCUUAUGACUGGCAACUUAUUACAAAUGUCACAACUUAUUUGCAGCUGGAAGGAUAAUUUAGCAAGCUCUGUGUCUGCCAAAUAAGGAUGUUUGCGUUUCAUACCAAGCAUCCUGUUCAUGUGCUAACAGAAGCGUUCAGAAGAGUAAGCCUCGAUCAAACAAACAAAUGAUUAACCUUAAAAACAGACACAUAAACAGAACCACAAUGGAUGAAUUAUGCAGCAGGCUGUCCCUGCUGCUGACACCAGCUCACAUCUGGUUUCUCUGCUCAGGCUGUUCCUAUAAAUGACUUUCCUUUCUUUGCUCCCUUCCUGGCUCCCUCUACCUGUUUUCCUUUACACAGAAGCCAGCAGAGCAUGUCACAGGCCUCCCCGUCUGUGCUCCCAAGCAGUCCUUUUCCGGAGGGGCUCAGGGACCAAGGCUUCUCAAAGGCCACACAUGCUCCCGCCUGCCCAUUCAGCCAGUGGGAUGGCCCGGGAACACUCCAGGCAGACACAGGGGCCUUUUACCCCACCUUGUGGGGCCAAGUCAGUCCACAGAAGAAAGGAGAGUCAGGUACUGUUGGUUUAAGCUUGUUUGCAAGGGACUCCAGGAGCACAUAAAUCAUGUAAGCCUCACCUUGCCUUAGAGAGACAUCUUAUUUAUACGGUCUGAGUCUGGCUUUAUGAGGUGCUAAGCUGAGCUCAGGGGAGGGUACUUUAUCCUCAGACAGGCUCUCCACUCAGAACAGUGGGUGUGUUUUUGCAGAACUUCCUGCUUUGGGCUCAAAAGGCAUUUGGAAAGACUCCUCUUGGCUCUUUGCAGCUGAGAGCCUCCUGGUUUGCGGCUCCCACAGAGGAUCUGGCAAGGAUCUGCAGCAUAUGGGGGAAAGUGAGGCAGCGGGCAAGGGAGCAAGAUCUUGGGAGCGAGAUCUGGGGCCUUCUUGGUGUGCAUUUGCUCCUACCUUCCCCGGACUAGAGAGUCUGUAAGUUGAGAAAAGGACAGGCAUCUUAGCAACUCGGGAGUCCGGGAUCCAGAAACACAAAGCAAAACCUCAUCUGUUCUGCCCUGUGGAAUUUGGAAAUUAUGAUGGCUAAUACUGACAAUAGGGGCCAAGGUUUGUCCCAGGGCUUCCAGCUCCCAAAGCACUUUCCCCUGUGUUCUCUCACACACUCAGGCAAGGUAUAAACAGGCCUUACCAAAUACAGGAAUAAGAAAUAAGUAGCUUCACUUUGGGCUGUCUCUGUGGAAGAUGCAUUAUAUAAUAUAGGCAGAUUGUGUCUUGGAAUAGUUUGUUCAUGAAAGAGUAACACACAAAAAAAGUACUGUGCUUCGGAAACUCAAUGAAUCAUCUCUGAAGCCUUAAUAAAGAGAGAGUGAAUAAUAGAAUAAUAUUAGCUUUUCCCACUUUAUCAAGUGGGUAUUUUCACCAUUUAAAAUGAGGCUGGUCAGAUUCAAGAUUCUAUGAGAUUUAAACAUCUGUUUCUCUUGCUUACUUUUUCAUUCUCAUCGAUGUCUUGGUUGAAUAGUUACAGGGCUGGAAAAAUAAUAACAUUGAAUUUUUUUUUUAAUGUAGACCAUUAGAGUGCCGCGCACACCAGAGUCCUAGCCCAGUACGUGCUGAAUAAUUGACUGAAGGAAUGAAUUCUGACUUUUACCUUCUGCAUAUGAGAUUGCUGUCAAGUCUUGGAGAAACGGUGCACCCUGGGCCCAAUUGGAUGGUCAUUUUUUUUUGGUCCCUGCUCAUAGGUCCCUCUCAUGGCAUUACCCAUGCCCAGCCUUCCUGUCUGAGCUCAGCUUCCUUAGAGCUGCUUUUCUGUCCAGUUUCCAAGCUGAGGUCGGUGUUGCACAGAGGCCUCUGCUCCAGUCAGCUAACAAAUCUGUCCUUUGUACGUCCCUGCUGUGUGCCUGGCUUCCAGCUAGACACAGCUCUGCGGGAAGAGCAGAGAGAUAGGAGGUGCCAGGCACUUUGUUUGGCACUUUUCCUUCUCUAUCCCUAUCGGAGAUGCAAGGGAAGGAGAUCCUGGCCCUUCCCUGAUGCUAUGCACUGUCCAGAAAGAGGAGUGGAGAGAGGAAGAGGUGGGGAAUGAAUGUUUGCUGAUCCCCGCUCUGUACUGGGCUUUGGAAAAGUUUCUUGAUGCUGGCAUUUGGGCUGAAUCAUUCUUUGUCAUGGGGGCUGCUCUGAUCGUUGUUGGAUGAUUACUAGUUUUACUAGCAUCCCUGGCUUUUGGCUUUUACCCACUGGUGCUGGUAGUAUGCCUCCCUCGGUCCCCACCACAUGUGACAACCAAAGUUGUGUUCAGACAUUGCCACUGGUUUAGGUACCAGGCCUGUAUUAGCUCAUAUAAGCCUCAACAGUCCACAAGGCAGGUGUUACUAGCAUCAUUCUAUACAUGAGGAAAUGAAGCCUUGGAGAGGUUAAGACACGUACCUAAAGCCAUACAAAGGGGAUUUGAAACCCACGUCUGCCCACCAGUGUCAGAGAUCCUGGGAGGCCAGCCUCUUGCAAGUUCUUUGUAGUGGGUACCUCUGUCCAGAUUUCUACUUUUCUAGGACCCUAAACUGUGACUUUUCUUCCUGUAGACCCGCAGCAUCCUCAUCCUGGCUUUGAGAUCCUACUUGCAGUUGCCAGUUAAGUCUUUUUGUAGAAGAGAAUAAGACGAGAACAAAUGUGGUGAAUAUGUCAAGUUUUGACAAUGCUCAGCCUUUCUUUUGGCUUUUGUGUCCUUUCUCCUGAUCCCUUUUCUGUCUCUGUCUCUCUAGGUCAGAGUCUUAAUCUCUCUGAUAACUUGGAGUGGUGGAGUCCUUUCGGUUUGGGGACUGUUGAGAGCUAACUGCUGCCAUCACUGGAAGGGUUCCAUCUGUCUGAAGCUGCCACCAGGACUUUACCAGUACCUGGUGUUGGAGUACCCUCUUCCCAUAUACAUUCCCCACUCCCUGUAAACCCUCCCUCCCAACAAUUUCAUGUGCUGUGUGAGUACUAAAUUGGGGCAGUAGAGGUCUGUGUCUCUCUGGGUAUCACAAUGGGGACUCUGGGUCAGAUCAGACAUUGGGUCACAAGGCUAUAAGGCGUGGCUGUGGGAACCAUGCAGAACAAGGAUGGACACAGGAUAGGCCAUGUGGUGGGCUGUGCUUCUUGGAGGUCAGGGCUGGAAUGGUGCAGAAACCCAGGUGGAUAAGGGCUGGCAGAGGGAACAUAGGCAGCAGAGGGCAGAGUAAGAAGACCACAGUCCAGGGAAGACAGCCUCCAGGAGGGAGGUGAGUGAUGUAGCCAUCACCACAGAAGAGAUAUGCUGAUGAGGCUGCAUCUGUUCCAGGAUGGGGUCCUGAGCCCAGAGGUGAAGGAGAUAGGAUACAGCCUGCAGCCAGGAGCGAGAGAGCAGUGGGGGAGGCCAGACUGAUGAGGAAAGGCUUUAUUUCUAAUUAACUUGCAAAGCAGAGAGCCGGACAGUGACAUAAAUGAAGAUUUGGUCCUGUUGAAAGCUUAUGGACUUGACACCCUGCCAGCUCAUGGAGAUGCUGACUGCAUUGGGUGACUUUGUGGGCCAGAGGAAGGAAUGUAGUAUUGGGACAGGGACCUGGGGCUAAACUUAGGGGAACACGAUCACACAGUCAUAAAGGUGGGCACCUUCGCACCUGCCUUGCAGAGCGAACAUGAGGGCAAGAGGUACCAUGUAAGUUGCUGGCAUAGAACAGGAGCACUAGAAACGGUAACUGUCAGCACUAUCCUUUGACUCCGCCAGGAUCACAAUUUACUCUCUGCUUCUGUGAAGUAUUAUUUAUGAUGGUGUCAAAACUUGAAAGAUAUGGGAAAUUGUUAAGAGGAAUAUUAACAGCCUACCAGAGAAAACAUUUUGGCAUAUUUCCAUUUAAUCUUCCUUGACGACAACUAUAAUCAUUGCUAUUGACAAGUUCUUAUACUAUAAUGCAAUCUCUUUUAACCCAUCUCUACUUAACCAACUCAAAAAUUCACCAAUGUCCUCCAUUGUCUUCCUUCUGUGAUACUCACUGACUGAGGGCCACGACCUGCUGGACAUUCACAGCACACAGGGACCCAUACUAUUCCUAUGAACAUUGCCCCCACCAUUUUGGUAAAUGCUUACUAAGGGUCAAAGAGCUCCAUUUUCACCCAGUCCUUCUUAUGCUGGCUGAAUGUGUUAUUAUAAGAACAUAAUUUAAUUAGAGAUUAAGUGAACCAGUGAAAUAUGGGUGAAAAGAGAGUCAUUUGUUAAGGAAACCAAGCUGCAAGCAUUGAAUGGUUUGAUAAGAGUUAGUCGAUGUAGGCUGUUAGCUUAGUUGUGGGCAGGGCAACUGAUAAAAGUUAGGAAAAAUUUGUACAUAAUUCUAUAAGAAUUUUGCACUCAGAUUGUUUUGUAUGUGAGGUUAAGUUCCUUCUCCAUUCUAAAGCCAAAUCUGGGAACCACAGAUGAUAUAUAAAAGGUAUGAGCUCUCAAAAAAAGGAACACAUAGAUUUCGAACUCCAACCUGGAGACCUGUCUCAAGUAGAGGCCUUAGCUCUACAUCAAUAGACUAGCCAGAAAUGUUUCAAGUUGAAAUAGUGUCUGAAGUUUGUAUAGUAUAUAUGUACAAUAUUAGUGAUCCCUAUUUCAUUCAGAUUUUUUGGAUUAACAGAUUGGCUCAUCCUGAUAAUACCAGAUAAGAGAGUCAUAACUUGAAAUAUUGUGUUUUGAUGUGCCAAACCUUCUGAAAAACUCUAAAUAUAUAACUGUCUCAUUUAAUUCAUACAAGAACCCUUAGGGGGUAUUCUUUAAUCCAGCAAAAAUUUAUUAAGCUGCUGUUUUGUGCUGAACACUGUCCCAGGUGCUGGAGGUAUAGGUGCAGAAAGGCCAGGUGUCUGCUCUCAUGGAGCUUGUGUGUAUGUGUUGGAGAAGGAGACGCAGAACAUGAAUAAUAAACAAGAUAAUUUUAAGUAAUAAGUACUAUAAAGGAAACAAAACACAAAGUUAUGAUAAGAGUGGCUGGCGAGGGAACAGUUAGGGGUGAUCAAGGAGGACCUCUCUGUGGCAGGCAACAAAUGAGCUGGGACUUGAAUGACACGAAGAGUGUGGUCCUGGGGUCUCAGCAUUCUUGACUGAGGAAGCAGGAAGUGCAAAGAUCCUGAGGUGAGAAUGAGCCCUCAAGAAGGAAGCCCAGUGCUUCUGGAACAUGAGGCUCCCGCCAAGCCCGAGGAGGCAGAGGCUGAGCCCUUCACAGACUCCUCUCUGUUUGCACACUGGGGCCAGGAGCUCAGCCCUGAAGGCCGGCGCAUGGCCCUGAAGCAGUUCCAGUACUACGGCUACAACGCCUACCUCAGUGACCGUCUGCCCCUCGACCGGCCUCUGCCUGACCUCAGACCCAGUGGGUGCCGCAACCUCUCCUUCCCCGAUAGCCUGCCAGAGGUGAGCAUCGUGUUCAUCUUCGUCAACGAAGCACUCUCAGUGCUACUGCGCUCCAUCCACUCAGCCAUUGAACGCACACCUCCACACCUGCUCAAGGAGAUCAUCCUGGUGGAUGACAACAGCAGCAACGAGGAGCUGAAGGAGAAGCUGACGGAGUACGUAGACAAGGUGAAUGGCCAGAAGCCGGGCUUCAUCAAGGUUGUGCGCCACAGCAAACAGGAAGGCCUCAUCCGCUCCAGAGUCAGCGGCUGGAGAGUGGCCACCGCCCCCGUAGUGGCACUCUUUGAUGCCCAUGUGGAGUUCAAUGUGGGCUGGGCUGAACCUGUGCUCACCCGCAUAAAGGAGAACCGGAAGCGGAUCAUCUCCCCCUCCUUUGACAACAUCAAAUAUGACAACUUUGAGAUAGAAGAGUACCCGCUGGCCGCCCAGGGCUUUGACUGGGAGCUGUGGUGUCGUUACCUGAACCCCCCCAAGGCCUGGUGGAAGCUGGAGAAUUCGACCGCCCCAAUCAGGAGCCCUGCCCUCAUUGGCUGCUUUAUUGUGGACCGGCAGUACUUCCAGGAGAUCGGCUUACUGGACGAGGGCAUGGAGGUCUACGGAGGCGAGAAUGUCGAGCUGGGGAUCAGGGUGUGGCAGUGUGGCGGGAGUGUGGAAGUCCUGCCUUGUUCUCGGAUUGCCCACAUUGAGCGAGCCCACAAGCCCUACACCGAGGACCUCACAGCCCAUGUCCGCAGGAAUGCCCUCAGGGUGGCUGAAGUCUGGAUGGAUGAAUUUAAAAGCCAUGUCUACAUGGCAUGGAACAUACCCCAAGAGGACUCUGGAAUCGACAUUGGGGACAUCACCGCAAGGAAGGCCCUGAGAAAACAGCUGCAGUGCAAGACCUUCCGGUGGUACCUGGUCAGCGUGUACCCGGAGAUGAGGAUGUACUCGGACAUCAUUGCCUAUGGAGUGCUGCAGAACUCUCUGAAGACCGAUUUGUGUCUUGAUCAGGGUCCAGACACAGAGAACGUUCCCAUCGUGUACAUCUGCCACGGGAUGACACCGCAGAACGUGUACUACACGAGCAGUCAGCAGAUCCACGUGGGCAUCCUGAGCCCCACGGUCGACGAUGAUGACAAUCGGUGCCUGGUGGAUGUCAACAGUCGGCCACGGCUCAUCGAGUGCAGUUAUGCCAAAGCCAAGAGAAUGAAGCUUCACUGGCAGUUCUCUCAGGGAGGCCCCAUCCAGAACCGCAAGUCCAAGCGCUGUCUGGAGCUGCAGGAGAACAGCGACUCGGAGUUUGGCUUCCAGCUGGUGCUGCAGAGGUGCUCAGGCCAGCACUGGAGCAUCACCAACGUCCUGAGGAGCCUGGCGUCCUGACCCUGCUGGGAGCCGCCCCCGCCCGUCCCUUUGCUACCGUGUAGCACCUGCUGCAAUGCUGCCUGCUGUCUGGGGGGUUGUUUGAGUCUGGGGGAACCAGGUUAGCGGGACCCCCCCAAAAGAGCUUUUUAUUUCCUAUUCAAUUUUCAUGGAGUUUAUAGAAAGGUGCCGAAUGGUGGGUGAUGGUAUAAUAUCAUAAACUAUUUUGCAACUGUAAAUAGGGGACAAAUGGAAAAUAUUUAUAACUGACAAUAAAAUACUAUUGAUUAAGAAAA